CUGCUCUGACAUGAGCGAGUUGUAGAGACGCAGCGUCCGGACAACUGCACUGAGCAAGAGAGCCGCGAAGGGCAGCGAAAAGUCUGGCUGAAAGUCGUUGAUUUUUCACGGCAACUUGUUGCGAUUUGUGUCCAGGGGUGAGCUGCAGGCGUUCGGUCACCGGCGUUAACCGGGGAAUUAAAUUCGGGGGUUUCCUCAGUUAUCGCAUUGAAUCGGGUUGAUACUUUUUUGUCUAUCAACCUUCAAAGUGCGAAAAAUGGAGCCUUAUAUCGGUGCUGUUCCAAGUAAACAAGUGCAGCGCGAUUAUGGAAUCCAGAUUCGUUUUAUUCAAGAUGCACAAGAAGAAUCUUCGCAGGAACAAAAAUAUCGGACUGCUCCAAACAAAUCGGGAUCCUAUGGAGUCAGCAUUAGGGUGCAGGGAAUUGAUGGACAGCCAUAUGUUGUGUUAAACAGCAAUCAGGAAGGGAACAUGCAAAUGUUUCAGCCUCCACCUGAGAAUGGCUGCCCGGAUCAAACUUUAUCUCAGGGUGGUUUUAAAGCAUGUUCUGAUUCCUCUGCAGCGCAACAAAGAAACAGGUUCUCCAACGACGGCCACUUUAUCUAUCCAGAACAUCCGUAUUUUAAUCCACUUAAGCCAUCUCAUACACAGCUGCCUCUUUCAGUAACAGACACCUCAGAGUUUGAGGUUGAUAAAAAACACACAAAAGCAAGUAGUUUAUUGAACUUCCAAAAACAUCCUGAAAUUCUGAAGCCAUAUGACCCUGAGAAGAACCUCCUGAAAGGCACCAGUCAGCAAAGUUUGGCUGGUAGCAUGUCAUCAGAGAGGAGUGAAGACAAGGCUUUUCAUCCUUUACCCAAGCCUGAGUUUCCAAAUAAACUAGAGAUUAGACAAUCAAGUUCAAUAAAGUCCAAUGAUGGUACAAGUAAUUUCAUUAGAUCCAGAGCAAUGGAAGAUCCAUCCAAGAAGAUUACUGGGUCUACCAGUAGAAAAGUAGAUGCAUUUAACAACAGUAGAAGAUGUCAAAAUGACACCAGUCCUGACUCAGAAGAUUCACGGAGAACGCGACCAGAUUUGCUUCCUUUGCGCCGCCAAGAUUCAUCUGGAAGAGGUAUUGAUGUUUCUAGGUCACGGUGGUCUUCAUCUUCAACUCCAACAUCAGCGAGCUCAGACAAGAUAAAUCCAUCGUGCAGGUUCGGAUGGCUGGAUGAUCCAGAUGAGGAGCUUUCUGCUGAAAAUGUAAACCGACAUGAAAACAGGAGGUAUAUUCCAUUUUUUCCAGGCACUGGGCGCGAUAUUGACUCCGACCCCAUACCUGGAGUGGAUGAAUUGAUUGACAAAUUUGAUGCUAAGGGUGGACAGCAUCGGCGUGGCAGGUCUGCAAGGAGAAAUCGGAUUGAUCCAGAAGAUCGAAAACGAUCCCGAAGCGUAGAUAGUGCUUUUCCACUUCGGUCAAAAGAUAAUUCUGCUUACCUAGAUCAAUAUAAUAAAAAGAUUGGAAUAUUAAAUGAACAUUUGUUGAGACCAUCGCAAUUGAGUCGUAAAAAUGCUACUUCACAAAGUUUACAGGUCUCUGCUUGUAGUGAGAAUGUGCCACCCAAUUAUGUUUCAUCCACUAGUAGUCUUGGCAGUCAUCAACCUCUCUCUCCAGGAAACCAGGGCAGUCUGGGUUAUGGCUCAAAGAGUCCAAGUCAGACUGAAUUGGAUGCUUCAGGCACUCACGAACAUCAUGCAAGAAUCUGUGGUAAAUCUUCCACACUCCCUGUAGGUGCGGUCAAUAAACCUGAAGCCAGAAAGGAGACAAUAACUUCUGUUAGACAAAUAAAGACUUGUAAAACAGCGCCUUCCUUUGUUGGGAUCAGAAAACAUAGUUUAGAACCUCAGCGACAUACUGCUCAUACAAGCCAGACUGCCUCUGAUCCUGAUGUGCAGGUAACUCCUGACCUUCUGAAGGACCAACAAAUGAAUGAGGAGACAGCAAAACAGAUCCUUUACAACUGUCUUAAAGUGAGCUGUCAUGAUGAUGAUGCAACGAAGAAGAAAGUCAAUUUGGUGUUUGAGAAAAUCCAGACCUUAAAAUCAAAAAGUCCAGUCAGUGUGGAAGAACAAAAGGACAAAAAAAAUGAUAAUACUUCUGAAUACAAAGCACUGCUGGAGCAGAAGAAUGAGCUUGAAAAGAAGACAGAAGAGUUGGAAAAGAAAGUCAAUCAACUUCAAAAAAAAUUGGAUGAACAAACUCUGAAAGAGCAGUGUACCACAGAACAAAAAAGUAGGACCAAAACUGAUAUGAAAAAUCUGCAACAAGAAGUGACAGACAUUUUAGAGGAAAACAAUAGUUUAAGGGAGCAGCUUGCAAAAUCUGAUAAAGAGCUUCAAAACCAACUUGAAGAGUUAGUGCAAGUGAAGAUGGAACAAGAGCAGUACCAAAGUGAAGUCCGAGAUUUGCAGGAUCAGCUCUCAGAAAUGCAUGAUGAGCUUGAUCGGGCAAAAAACAGUACCGACAACGAAGAAGAGAAAGAGACUUUGAUAAUGGAGAUGAUUCAGGCAAAGCAGCAGCUGGAAGAGGUGCUGUUAGCUAAAGAAGAUCAGCAGGAGUUGUUGAGGCGAAGAGAAAGAGAGUUGACAGCACUUCGAGGUGUCCUGAAGGAGGAGGUGUCACAACAUGAUCAGGAAACUGAAGAUCUGAAAGAAUUGCAUGAAAAGGAGAAACAGAAACUUAGAAAUAGCAUUGAUAAUCUCAUCCAGAGCAAAAGUGCAUUGGAGCACGAACACUUUGUUGCUAAACAAGCAAAGGACACUGCAGAGGAUCAUGUGAAACGCCUCAUGGAUGAAAAUGAGACCCUGAAGAAAAAAAUUGCAGAAUUACUGAAUGAAAUCAGUGACCUCAAUCACGUGGUUUCUAACAUGAAGAUGGAAGAGAGCAGGUUCAGGGAUAAACUUGCAUGUCUGGAGAAAGAGAAGCAGCAGCUGGAAGUUGCCUUGAGGGAAAUUGGAGACCAAGAACAGGACAUUUCAUUCGCAAAAAGAGCUUUGGAGAGCCGGUUGGAAGAACUUCAGAGAAGCCUCAAUAACCGAUCACAGGAGUAUGAGGACGUAAAGGAAAGACUUGAUUCAGAAAUAGCUCAGAAGGAUCUUUUGAAGAAAACGAAGAAUGAAAUGGAGGUCAAGAAAAGGCAGUUGGAGAAGAUGAUAGAAAAACUUGAGAAAGAGAUGGCUGAGAUGAGUCAGGAUUCUCAGAGGUCAAACCUUGAUCUGCGGAAGGAGCUUGAUGAGUACAAGGAAAAGAAUCGCAGUCAACUGAAUGUCCUGCAGCAGCAGCUGAAAACUAAAGCCCUGGAGGCUGAGAACUCUCAACUAAUAACCAAGAAACUGCAGGAUGAGAUGCGACAAAUGCGAGAGGAGUUAGAACACUGUUGCUGUGAACGCGAUGAAGCUGUUCUGAAAAGCCAACGACUGAAGCAGAAAGUUAGUGACCUCGAGCUUGACCUUGAAAGUAAAACACAAUUCAAGGACGACCGAAAUCGCCAGAUCAAGCAAAUGGAGGAUAAAUUGUCAGAAAUGGAAACGGAACUGGACGAAGAGAGAAGCAACUCAGACCUUCUGACGGAUCGCAUCAGUAGAGACAGAGAACAGAUUGAGCAGAUGAGAAAUGAACUUUUUCAGGAAAGAGCGACAAGACAAGAUCUGGAGUGUGACAAGAUUUCCUUAGAGAGACAGCAUAAAGAUCUAAAAAGCAGAAUUGCAUAUUUGGAAGGAUCUCAGAAACAGACUAAGGAAGGAAUUGUUAACCAGCUGGAGGCAAGAAUCCAGGAACUGGAAGAUCGCCUUGAAGCUGAAGAAAGAGACAGAUCUGCUCUGCAAUUGAGCAAUCGCAAACUUGAACGAAAGGCCAAGGAGCUUAUGCUGCAAGUAGAUGAUGAACAUCUCCACCUGACAGACCAAAAUGAUCAGUUGAACCUACGAAUGAAAGCUCUCAAAAGGCAAGUGGAUGAAGCAGAGGAAGAAAUAGACCGCUUGGAAAAUGCAAAGAGAAAGCUGCAGAGAGAGCUGGAGGAACAAAUGGAAGCCAAUGAAGAACUUCAAGGACAAAUGAAUACUUUAAAAAAAGACCUCAGACGCAAGAAUUCAUCAGCAAAGGUUUCAUCCUCCAUUCUAAAUGAUUUUGACAAUGACUACAGUACAGAUGAAGAAAGUCUCUAUGACACAGGAUUUAAAUUGUCGAAGGAUGGUAAUGUGUAGAUGCAAACCUAAACUGAUGGCUAACCAUUAGAUAAAGGGAAGCAGCAAUGCAGUGGCAUAAUUCAAUCUACGAGGUACCAUAUUCUGCCCUAGGCUUUUGUUUUUAAUCCCUUCAUUGCACUGAUGCUGCUUGAUACACGAAAUGUUUUAAGUACCUGUCACUGCUGCCUCAUGCCAUGCUGUUUUCUUUCUAUUUUUAGAAUACUUUGGACUGGUAAAGGAAGGUCAUAUUUUACUGCUCAUUCCAACUGAAAGGAAUUUAUAAACAUGUCAACUUAAAGCAAAAAGAUCAGCAAUCAAUUGUUAAAAUGUGUACAAGUUAUAAAUAAAUGUAAAUGACAAAUUAUUUUCCUUUAUUAUUUAAAAUACUAAAGUGCCAACAAUACUUUGGCCAAUAUCUUAUAUGGCUGUUAUAUUAACCUUAUACUUUAUCAGCUUUUUUGUUCUUUCCCGCUUUGACCCUAACGACACUGGCUUUAACUGGAGUAUAAUUCCCCAGCACUGGAAAUGAUUGCACUGAUGAUGCAUUUUCCCUUGUGGCUCCAGCCCUGUGAAUGUCCCAGUGAACCACAAGACAAGAUUAAUACCACAUGCUGGCAUCAACAAAGCUGCAUUUCUGUCCAGUGCCAUUGCAGCAAGAAAGAGCAGGAAUUUCUCCCUGCCCUGCAUUCAAACCCAAAGUAGUUAAAGUCCAAUUAUUGUAUCUGUGAUCUAACUGAGCUGACACCUGCUAACUCAGCUCAGCCUGUGCAGUGAAGUGACAAAUGUGCCAGUCUCUGCAGCUGAGCUGUUCACUGCCACAAUUGGCUGGGUCACCGGGAGUACUUAGUCUCAUCAUUUGAUGUAAGCAGUCUGUAUUAACUCCUUCACUUGUCAUGAGCACUGUACAACUAAACCACGGAAAAGAACACAUCCUGAGUUCACUUCCUCUUUUCUGGGUGCUGCCGUUUAGCCUCCGGGGGUAGCAGGAGGUGUGCCAACACCUAACCUCAGUGCCCUUGGAAUGGAAAGGGAUUUGAAAAAAAUAUUGGCUUCCCGUAGUUAUUUAGUGACCCCUGCUGGAAAAUGUGUGUGUUUUCAGACAAGGGCAGGGAAAUCAUUGAUAUUUGUGGAGAAGGGGAAAUCUUUAACGUUGAAAGAUUGUUGAAGGUGUAUUAAAAAUGGGAAUCCACCUCAACAUCUUGAGCAUAGUUGGUUCAGUGUUAGGUUUUCUAUUUUUUACACUUCUAAAAUUAAAAUCAGCUCUGCAGACCUAUGUUGGUCAUUAUUUUAAUGAGGCUGUUUUUCUUUGAACUUGGGGAUCACUUUAGCAAAAACCAUGGCUUUUAGGUUGGUUGGGAGAUUUAAAUGUCAAUAAUUGGAAAUUGAAAUGUAACUUGCCUUAAUCAGCCCUAUGUCCAGUGAGACAAGCGGCAGGUGGCAACUCCCUUUUCGGGAGGACAACCCAUCUUUGAAACCUUUUUAAGUAGGCUGUGAGAUUCAGCUUUUGCACAGUUAUCUGUUUUUAAACUAUCUUGCAGCUUCUGAGGCUCUGAAAAACCUGAGAAUUAAAAGGAACCGAGAAGUGUUGGGUCCAUCAGGAAAAAAGCUUUUUACAGUGUUGCCCGUGAGCCAGAAGGAGCACAAAUGUUUCCUGGGGUCACUAUCUGACAUUGAAAUAUUGCUCCAAUAUCCACAGUACCCCCUCCCAAUCCAAUAUGCAGCCACAUCAGUAUUCCUUUGCUACAAUCACUGACUCCAAGCUAUUCCUAACUCCCUACCUCUCCCUGACACUUUCCAGUUCUAUAACCUACACUGUCCCAUUUCAUGACCUUUACCACUAAUGAUUGUGAAAACCAACCGAUCAUACACUGCCUUUUCUGGAAAACAUUCUGUCAGUCAAGCUGGUUUCGACAUAUAGAUUUUGUUUGUACAAAACAAAAUGUCUGUCAUAGACUUAAGACACACGGUUUGGGGAAACCUGUCCUUGCAGGCUCCAGUCUUUUGCUAUAUCCCAACUCGCCCCAACCAGCUCCACUGAAUGUGGGCCCCUUCUGCUCCAGCCUGAACACUGGUCGAUUGGGAAAUCCAGCAGCUGAAGGGUGGCCAGUCCUGCUAGACAAAACAGUUAAGUGCUUUUCCUGUAUUGCUUGUGGUUGCAAUGCAGUCACCCACCUGUGGCUCACCAAAUAGAGCUACCAUUCUUUGUUAUUCUAAACAUCACCCCUGCCUCCCACUUCAUUAUCUGAACCCUGGCUGUGGCUAUGUGCAUAAACAUACCCUCCAGCAUACUUCCAAUAUGGCUUGUUGUGAAAAACCUGAAAUGAAGUCUCAUGGUUUAAUUCAAAAUACCUACAGGAAAUCCAUAUUUCUGGAUUUCUCAGCCAUUAAAUCUCCCCAACCACUUGCCUCCAACCUGUCCAUUAUAAGUGGAGCCUUACCUGAUGAAGAAUGACCAGAAGGAGCCUGUAUUAUGGGACAGUAUGCCAGCAUGUUCUCUGCCUUCAGGAGUUCUGUAUCUUAAGAAUUAUACACUUGCCAUUCAAAAUUAGAAGGAAGUUACAAACAUUUUUAACAGUGGUCCUGCCAAUGCAGGGCCUAUGAAUUAUGUCUCUGUUUUUACAACAGUAGAUCUGCCAUUGAGUAUUUCCUACUUUUGAUAUAACCUAAAUGUAUUGGAAUAUCCGAAGUGUCAGUGUUUGAAUGUUUUUGAAAAUGUGACCUGGAGCUGAUGCUCUGUUUUAAGUCUUUUCUUCAUGAUGUAUGUUACUCAAAAAUAGUUCCACUUUCUGUGUUUGUUUCAGUAUGUAUGUUAUCCAGGAAUAUGUUGAUGUUGUCAUCUAAGUCUGACUAGCAAUUAUUUUUUAAUCUAUAUAUUGUAUAAAAAUAUUUUGCUAAGCUGAUUUUUUUUAUUAUUACAGUACUGUAUAAUGGAAGCUAAAAUAAAUGCACACUGUUGAGUGACAAUCAAUAAAGUGCAAUACAUCUGCAAACAUUUAGUUUGAUUUAUUCUGCCAGGAAGAUAUGGAGGGGUGAAUAGUCAUAUUUGGGUGUCAUAAACUACACCAUUGCUGAACAUCUUACUCUACAAAUGUAUUUGCUAAUUUCUGUUCAGGACACUAGAACUGUACAAUAGUUAACUGUCUUUAAGCACUGAAGCUACCUCCAUGCUUACAAAACUGUAAGAUGCCAAUUAGUACAAAUAAAAGUUUUUAAACCA